AUGGCAUUACAUAUGCAAACAAAGUUUGAGAAGUAUUGGGAUACAAUGCAUGGUUUGAUGAGAGUUGCAAGUAUUUUGGAUCCAAGGUAUAACAUGAAACAAAUUGAAUUUUUAUGCCCUCCAAUAUAUCCAAACAAUGCAUCUCAAGAGAUUAAGAAAUAUAAAGAUAUUCUCUAUGACUUGGUCAAGGAGUAUCAGUCAAGAUCUCAACAAAGUCAACAGGUGCAAUCUGAAUCUUUGAUUCCUACUUCUUCAUCUAGACCAUCUAUGCCUAAACUUGAUUUGGUAAAGCAAUUGGAUGUGUUUGUUUCUCACUCCAUUACCCAUGGACAUGUUAAAUCUAAGUUAGAUUAUUAUCUAGAAGAGUCUUGUUUACCUAGGAAUGAUGAUGAUGAUUUUGAUAUAUUAUGUUGGUGGAAAUCAAAUGGGAUCAAAUAUCCUACUUUGCAUGAUAUUGCUAGAGAUAUUUUGGCCAUUCCUGUAUCCAUAGUUGCUUCAGAGUCUUGCUUUAGUACUAGUGGAAGGAUUAUAAACCCUCAUCUUAGCCGACUUCAUUCAAAAACAGUAGAGGCAUUAAUGUGUGCGCCUUCAAGCUCUAAAGAAGUUGAUAAUAAUGAGGAAGAGGAGUCUACCAUUGAAACAGAGAACAUCUCUUUGUUUUUUUUUAUUAAAGCUAUGAAUGUUGAAGCAUAG